UGCAAACUAUACCAAUUUCUAUCUCUGACAAAAUCAAGCUUACCCCAAGUGACCUCUUCCAUGCAUCACCACUACUAUUAUAUUCCACUCCUGUCAUCCCUGAUUUCUACUUUUCAAACAAUGACCUCGGUAUAGAAAGUUUCAUACUCUCUAAAAAAACUUUACAAUGGUGUCACUGGAAACAAAAAUAUAGAGUUAGAAUUGGUACUAAAAAAAUGCUUCAUAUUAUAGCUUCUGAUAUCAAAUGGAACUAUGCUAGCAACGAACAAUCCCCUGAGACCUCAAAUAAAGAAAAAGAAAAAGCUCAAAAUGAUAUCAAUAAUCACUUUGAUACUAUUGAAGAAAAAUAUGCUAAACUAAGCUCUUCUUUUUUAAGAAAAAGAAAACAAUCAAAUUUAUUAACUACCUCUUUUUCUUCUAAAACCCAAAAAGCUUCUCCUGAAACCGAAUUUAAUUUUUUAAAUACCAUAUCUCAAAUUAAAAAUACUGAUCCA